CUCUGAACUCAAGUCACUCUACACCACUGAAAUCAAGAUGCUACUACUACUUUCAAGAUAUUACUUUCUCCGCGUACAGGCUGGGUAUAUAUAGCUUUAUUCUAACUUCGAGAACAUUCCCGAGGAAAACCGCCAAGGAUGCGUUCUAGAAUGUUCUCGCUUCGUCGUCAAUUUUGUCGCCAGAUAUCGCCUAAUCGGUGAUUUCGCGCCAGAUCUCGCAACCCCGCCUUUCCUUGCCGUUUCUACCCUAACUCCGCUUUGCGGGAAAGGCAGCUGGGAAUUUCGCAACAAUGCAAUGCAUACAAUUUAGCAAAAUAUUUGUAUGAUUCUUUUGCCUUUUUUUCUCUUCAAAGAACUUUAAAACUCGUCUUUGAGACAUUAGCCUAUAUUGUGAGGUUUUCAAAAUUUGCAAGUUUAUUUAUUUCCUUGUUUAUUUUUCAGGAUAUCCCUUUUGAUUGACGACUUGGAGCCCCUAUACAGGCAUAGCCAAUGGGCGGAUUUAAUAAAUGUUCUGAAAGAUCUGAAGUUUAAUGCAGCUGAUUCAACAGCUAACAUUCCAAGUAAUAGGCGAAUGGAUUUGCCCGAUAAUAUGCACACCAGGUGGAGCCAAAGUCAGAAUGUAAACAAAAUUACAGCUGCCAAGAAUUCUAACCAGAAUUCUUCAAAUAUACUGGAUACAGUACUGGAAGUGGCCGAGACGGGAGUGGACGUCGUUCGAUUGAUGCCACAUCAGAAGGUUCAACAUAUUCAGAGCGCUCUCGAAUAUUUCACGGUUCUUGUCGAAAUAGUCGAUGAAUUGACCAGAUCACUGGAAAUCGAAACCUCAUCAAAUUUCAUUGACCAUCUAAGCGAUGUUUUAGGAGCCGUACUUCUCAAUGUGGCUCAAGAAGCAACACCGACUGGCAAAAAUGUGAAUCGGCAACCAAGUGGUCGAAGACUGUGCGAUCCUGAAUAUUUUUUGAAGAAUAUCAGCACUGCCGACUGGAAAAAUACUAAAGCUUUGCAAAAUUACGCCUGCAGGAUUUCAAAGGUGAUGGCUCAGCGAAGAUCAAGUGGUUAUGAAGGUGAUGAAUGGCAGUUUCCCUCUGACAAAAUUCGACGAAUAUUCAGUCAGCGAACGAGUUCCGAAAUUCAGCACAAUAUCAAGAGAUGGGAAAACGAAGACAAUGUAUCAAAUCCGAGGCGAACUGGUUUAUUAAGCCCGCAUCAAACAGAGAAUGAAACAAGUGUCGACGACUUAAUAUCUGCGGCUGAAUGUGCAAUUCAAGGACUAAAAGAUAUUCUGGUGCAAGUUGAUAAUGGAUCAAACUCGACGAAUGAAAAUACUUUAAAGGUUUCGGAAGAUGUAUCUAAACAAGCUGAUGACCUAAAAGAAAAGUGGGUGCUUACUUCGAUUUCUCGGGUAAAGGAAGUGGCAAAGGAUUUCAGAGGGAGUCCUCUUAUGCAGAUGAACUUAUCCAAUUUUGAUUUGCAAAAAAUGUUAUCUACAGUGUACAGCAUGCUGAAUAAAGCCACUGCACAUAACCCUGCUGGUGUCUCUGCUACGGCUAAUGAGCUCGUGAGGUUAUUGCCAGCAUUUUUGUUUGUGUCCCGUGAAUUGAACACUAAUGCCACUUUGAUCAAUGGAAUCCCAAAUCUAAUAUCAGCCUUCGUAGAUGAUUUGGAACCUUUGGUUUGGAAAUCUAUUUCACCUGAUAAUGCAGAAGACUUCACCAAAACAGACGUUAGCAAGAACUUCUGCAUUUACGUCUCACGUUCAGCAGAAAUUCAUUGGAAAGGAAUGUUGUGCGAGAAAGACACUUCGGCUUUCAAAUUAUACUUACCGAGAGAAUCUGUAAAGAAACAGGUCAAUUUUACCAAAUAUACGAGCUCGAAUUGGAAUACCAGAACGAAAUUCGAUUCUCAAACUCUUGCUCGAAUUUUGUUGGAAUUAUCAUCCAGUAUUGGAUCAGUAUUCAAAGUCAUGGCCAAAAUUUUAAAAGAAGUGCCCGGUUGCGAAAAUACUUGCGGUAACGAUGAUGUCGUGUUGAAGAAAAUAUGCUUCUUGAGCCGAUUGCAGAAUGUGAAAAGUAUAAUGGAUAAUGACAGUGCUGAUACCGAAGAUAAUGUUAUAAAUGAACUGAGACCGUACUUCACUCUGAAUGAAAAUAUUUUAGAAGCAUAUAACCUCUUUGUGGAUACUGCUCAUUCAACAGCUUCCAACAACUACACGGAUGACAGGGAUAUUGUAAGACUCGUUGUUUCUGGAGUUCGUCUGCUAGAAUCACUUGGAGGAGAAGAGCACACUCUAAGACCUGCCUUACACGUGGCAAAUUCCCUUAUCAGUCUGUUAAAAAACAGAGUGUCAGAUGCUGCGAUGUACAAUGAAACAUCUGUAGUACAGAUACAAAAUGUAUUCCCUGAUUCGCCGUUGACUCAAGAAUUAGCGAGUAAUCUUCUUCCUUUAUUGCCGGAAGUGACUUCAACUUUUUUGUGGACUGUUUUGGCACCUGGAGAACUUUUGAAUUUAGUGUCAGCAAACGACAAAAACAUUUCUGUGAUCAUGGCAGCUGUGUGCAACUCUUCUCUGAGUCGAUAUUUAUAUAACCCUACGUUAGACCAAGCAGGAUUUAGGAAACUUAGUGGAGCACUUUGUCGUCAUAGUUACUAUGAUAUCUUUGAAGAAAUCUUCCAAGAUCCAGAUAUACAAGAAAUAGUAUUCGAGGCUGGAAACACAGAUGAAGUAACAUGGGAAGAUAUGCAAGAGAAUCUUCUCGAUAUCAUAGAUCUGCUGGAAGAGUUAGCAGCGGUACGGAAAGCCGACCUGUCAGCUUUGCCGCCACCAACAAAAUGGCAAAAAAUGGGAAUAAAUAUCUACACGAAAGCGCAGGAUCCCAGCGUUUUGCUCUACAUCGUCACAAAUAGAAUGUUUCAUGUAUUUUGCAAUUAUACAUCCAGCAAACUACCAUCCCAUUUGCAAAGUUUCAUCUCACGAGAUAAAGAAAUUGCUCUUUACCAUGAGUUAUGCUCUAUGAGCAAAGAGUCAUUUGCCAAGAAAGUCGUGAGGAAUUUGAACCAGACCAUCAAGGCUUCCUCACCUAACUCUAUGCAAAGUUUCGACGUGAUAAAUAUUGCCCAACGAUUCUGGGAGACACUGGCUGAUAUUUCCGAGAUCAAGCGUAUAGCGAAAUUUGUUCUUGAUUUAGAUUUGUUGGACCACUAUGAGACAGCUGGACUGUCAGCAGCAUUUGAGGCGAUGGAAAAACGCAAGAUUUUCCAAAACAAGAUAAUGAAUGCUACUCUUCGAGCUUAUAACAUGGUGGACAAAAUGACAGACGGUAUGCUGUCUUCGGUUAUUCUCGACAGUGCCGUUCCGGAAGUCAUGCAACAGAUAUCAUCGUAUGUCAUUGAAUCAGGUGGACACAUCAAUCUCCGAACUGUGUUUGAAAAUGAGAAAGAUUCGCGAAGACUUCUCAGUAGUCUUUUCCAAAAUGAUCCCGAAAGGAAGAAACUGGAGAGCUACAUCGAUAUCUUAGCAGAAUACUUUUCAAGGCUUGAAAAUUUGAGUAUCCUUAAGACACUGUGUAACGAGCACCAGAAGAACAAAAGAUUAUAUUAUACUGCGGACAACAUCAUCAAAAAACUGUGUUUACAGCCGCCAUUAGAAUGGUCUCCAAUUAGCCUUACUGAAAAUAAGCAUAACCUAACAGCAUUGUGGUUACAGGUAAGUGGAUUAAUCAAUUUAUUGCAAAACACUUUUGACGCUAACAUGUCAUUAGCCAAGUUUUUGUAAUUUUAGUAAUUGUCUUUAGCGAAGAUUUUGCAAAAUUUUGUAGUGUCACGCGCGAUGUUAGGUAGGCAGUCAUUUUUCCUUCAUGCUACUUGACAAUUGUUCUUUUCGUGAGAAACCUAUAGUUUUUCAUUUACCUUCCAUGCGACCUAAAGAACUUUAUUGUUCUGUAAAGCUUAUGGGAUUUAUUUCACCUUCCAAAUUUAAUUACAAACUGAGCGAUUUAAAAGCAAUAAAUGUCCUUCUUAAUAGUUUAAAUGUUUAACUUAUUUUUAGAGGUAGCCAAAUGUUGAUACCUGGCUACAUGCUGCCAAAUUAAUAACAUUUAUUAUAAAGCUUUAGAGCAAUUCUUAACCACUACAUUUGACGAUAAUCAUCAGCAAAUUGUUUCAGCAGUACAUUACAUGAUUUUUUUCUCAGUCAUAACAUACAUAGCAAAACAAUAAUUAUUAUUUUAAAACAUGCUGAAUUACAGCAGAUGCUCAAAUGUUGUAUAUCAUUAGCAAACUUCCAUUUUCCGUAUUUGGUAAUGAAUGACAGACAUAUUUCUGUUUUGUCAGAAAUAGCAGUUUUCCAAUCAUGCAAACCAUCUCCUUUUAAAAAUUUCAUAUUUUAUAGAGUGUAUUCUCCUUAUUUAUAUG